AUGUUGGUGUUUCUCUUGUUGAUCUCAUUCAUAGCCCAAGCGACUCGAAGCCCGGUCUACUUAGUUCCUGGUUUAAUGUCGAGUAUCAUUGAAAUGAAAGUGAAUGUUUCCCCGAGUUACUCUCCAUGGCCAUCCAAGUGUGACCGUACCAAGUCCCAAUUUCGUGCGUGGCUGAACUUAAAAGGGUCUCUGCCUUCCAAAGACGAAUGUUAUUACAAUUACCUCCAUGGUGUCUGGAAUAACGUCACAAACAAAAUGGAGAACAUUCCUGGUAUCGAGUCGAUCAUUCCCAAAGAUGAUGGUGACACGUAUGCCAUCGACACGAUGGCUCCUGUUAUUCUCGCAAAGCGAUUUACUCACAUGUUCAACAAAUUGAUCAGUCAUUUAGAGAAGAAGGGGUAUAAGCAGAAGUUUGAUUUAUAUGGCAUGCCAUACGAUUGGAGAAGUAAUGACCUUCCAAGCACCUUCUAUGAAACUUUUAAAAAUAGAAUUAUCGAAGGAAACAAGAAUACGGGGAAGAAGGCGGUUAUAGUGACACACUCAAUGGGAAUGUAUGUCAUGUAUAAGGCUCUCGACUACUUUGGUGAAGACUUUACCACGCAAUACAUCGAUAAAUUCUUGAUGGUGUCCGCGCCCGUCUAUGGAAGUGCGUUAAGUGUGAAAGAAGUAUUACUUGGUGAGAACAUAGGCCUUCCCAUCGACGAACAGUUAUCAAAAGAUCUCUCGAGGACUAUUCAGAGUGUUUUAAGUUUGUCGCCAAACCCAGAGCAUUGGCCACAAGAGCCAAUCGUCACUUUCAAAGGAAAUGGAAAGGAGUAUUAUGCUAAAGACCUUGCAGACUUAUUUGAGACGGAUCCUCUGAUGAAGGAUAAGGCUCGUUAUAUCCUUGAUAAUUCUAUUAAACCUUUCUUCGAAAAAUACAACUGGACUAUUCCUUUCGGUGUCGACACCUAUUGCGCUUAUUCCCUUGGUUCAGAGACUCCAGACAAAAUCGUGUAUGAAGGAGACAACACUGAUUCAGCUAGUACUGUCAUAUAUUCUGAUGGAGACAAAUUAGUCAAUAAACACUCUCUUGAGGGGUGUUCUCUGAUGACAAAGAAAGUGACAUACCUUGGUAAAUAUGCUCAUGUGAAGUGUUUAGAGUCGGAUGAGUUGUUUAAUUUGGUCGAUUCCUUGGUACUCUAA